AUGGCAACCAAAGAACUUGGCCUUCGUCUGACAUGGUACCUGACUGGCACUAUACGCCCGGAUGCUCAGGUCGGUAUGCCACCGGAAAUCGCAGCAAAAGCCCUCGAGGACGGCUUCGCUAUGGUGCCUAAACUCAGGAAGGAUAUUGAAGACGGCAAGAUCACCUCCGCGAACAUCCAGUUCGUAUUCCACAACCAAUUCCUUUGCCUAUUGCAGGCUUAUCUCCAGGGCAUUGUCAAUAUUCAACGCCCACAUGCAACUCUAUCGACUAUUGCAACGACUAACACUGAGAGCAGAGGCGAGCCCCACGCAACACGCAAGCGCGAUGGUACCACUGACCCCGAGCACUACGAAAUCCAUUACGGCAAAGGCGAUCUCAAGGGCUCCAACAGACUCGGUUCAGCACAUCUAUAUAUGGAUGGCCGUCUCAAGUUCUCGAAGGAGCUGUUGGGUACGGUAUUGGUUGCUCUUCCAGGCACGAAGCCGCAAGAGACCAAUCUGCUACCAGCGCCUGCUUCUCCCAGUACUGAGCAAGAGGAAGCCGAGAGUAGCAAGAAAGCGUAA